UCCUAAACUUUGACGGCAAAGAUAUAUUUGAACCAAACUUAUAACGGAAAACAUAUUUAAACCUUUUCACAAAGUUUAGGGGUAUAUGAGAGAUUAUAAAAGUUUGUCAAACUUUCUUCUUCCAUCGACUUUCUAGGAACCUUCAACAAGACAGAGAAAAAAAUCCCAACUUCAUUUCUCACACUUUCAUUACAUCGAAAUUGACCUGCAUUAUACAUUAUCUAUAUAAAUUGUCCUAAUCUUCAUCGCACUAAAUAAAAAAAAAAAAAUACAAUAACAAUAACAAUAUCUUCCUAGCAAUUAUGGCGACGCAAAAAUAUCAAAACGUCGUCGUAAUGAGGCACGGUGAUCGUCUAGAUAACUUUGAAGAAUUAUGGGUAAUGAAAGCCGAAAGGCCGUGGGACCCACCACUGCAUCAAGAUGGUAAGAUCCGUGCAUUUUGUACGGGUCAAAAGAUCCGAUCCAAUAUGGAUUUGAAAAUCCAUCGGGUUUUUGUUUCGCCGUUUUUGAGAUGUGUGCAGACAGCUGCUGAGGUUGUACGUGCUCUUUGUGAUGUUGCGGAACGUAAUGGGGAAUCGAAUUUGUUGUCAUCCAACUCUGAUUCUGUUAUCAUUGAUCCGUCUAAAGUCAAAGUAUCUAUUGAAUAUGGUUUGUGUGAAAUGCUGAAUUUAGUAGCCAUAAGACCUGCUGCAGCUCCCAAGGAUGGGGAUUUCAAAUUCAGUAUCUCACAAUAUGAAUCUGAGUUGCCUGCUGGCACUGUAGAUAACACUGUUGAACCUGUGUAUAGGAAGCUGCCAGAGUGGGAAGAAACGUUGGAAAGUGCAAGGUCUAGAUAUAAGGAGGUAGUUAAGGCCCUUGCUGAUAAGUAUCCUUCUGAGAACCUGUUGUUAGUCACACAUGGUGAAGGAGUAGGCUCCAUCUUUACUGAGCUUAACAAGGAUGCAGCUGUAUUAGAGGUGGAAUAUUGUGGACAUUUGUACGCGAAGAGAAGUAUCCAAUUCGGACAGAACCAAUCAUUUACUGCUGGAGAGUUUGUAUGCGAGAAACAAACCGGUAUAUUAGCUGCUUCUAAAUAAAAAUAAGUCUACCAGACUAUAAGCGAUUAUAUUGUUUGGGUUUCUUCCCUCUCUUCCAUGGCUGCUACUUAUCGUCCAUUUGUCAAAGCUUGUUUGUCCAUUUAGAUGUGUUACGGUUUCCAUUGCUGAACUAUGUUAUUACUCUUUUCUUCUUGUUUUUGAACUUUUUAUUUGAAAGAGAUGAUUAUGGAAUGGCACCUUGUAAUUGUGGAAUCCCAAGAUGCAUAUUUCUCUGUUGGUUUACUUA